UUUUCAUCAAGGGGAAGACUAAUUGAGUGCAUUAUUGCAUAUAUUAGUCCUUGAUCAAACCAAACCAUAUUUGCAAUUUUGUUCUUUGUUGACAUUCCAAUAAUCUUGGCUCUAUCAUCAUGGAGAACAUUACAAAGGAUGCAUCCCCAAAAAGUGUCAAUUCUGAACAGCCAUACAGAACUGGGUACCACUUUCAGCCCCUCAAAAAUUGGAUGAAUGAUCCUAAUGGACCAAUGUACUAUAAAGGAGUUUACCAUUUCUUCUACCAACGUAACCCUGAUGGAGCAACCUUUGGUCAUGAGAAAAUGGUAUGGGGUCAUUCUGUAUCAAAAGAUCUCAUAAAUUGGACUCAUCUGAAUGAUGCUAUUGAACCAAGUUGUAUUGGUGACUCAAAGAGUUGCUUCUCAGGCUCAGCCACAAUACUUCCAGGAGAAAAACCUCUUAUGUUGUAUACAGGAAUUGAUGGAAAAGGACACCAAGUUCAAAACUUAGCUAUGCCAAAGAAUCUAUCUGAUCCUUACUUAAGGGAAUGGGAGAAACACCCUCAAAAUCCUUUGAUGACUGCACCUAGUGGAGUUGAAGAGAAUGAAUUCAGAGAUCCAUCAACUGCAUGGCAAGGAAAAGAUGGAAAAUGGAGGGUAAUCAUUGGUGCUCAAAAAGGUGAUCAAGGAAAAGCUAUUCUAUACAAAAGUGAGGAUUUUGUCAAUUGGAUUGUUGAUCCUAAUCCAUUCUAUGCAACAGAUGGUACUGGAGUUUGUGAAUGUCCAGAAUUUUUUCCUGUUUAUAUCAAUAGCACAAAUGGAGUGGAUACAACUAUGGAAAAUUCAAGUGUUAGACAUGUAUUGAAGAUAAGCUAUUAUCGUCGACAUCUUGAUUUCUACUUCAUUGGAAAAUAUGCAUCUGAUUCUGAUCAGGAGAAAUUUAUUCCUGAUGCAAAAUAUACAGAAACUUACAAAGACUUAAGAUUUGACUAUGGCCUUUAUUAUGCUUCAAAGUCAUUUUUUGACUAUGCUACAAAUAGGAGAAUAUUAUGGGGAUGGGUGGAAGAACAUGACUCAAAACAAGAUUCCAUUGAUAAAGGUUGGGCUGGUUUACAGACAAUUCCAAGGAAAAUUUGGCUUGAUAAAAGUGGAAAGCAAUUAAUUCAAUGGCCAAUUGAAGAGCUUGAAAAACUACGUGACAAGCAAAUCAGUAUCACAGGAGAGACACUCCUAAGUGGAUCAAUUCUUGAAGUAAAAGGUGUCACUGCAUCUCAGGCUGAUGUGGAAGUCUUGUUUGAGCUACCUGAUCUACAAAGUGCUGAGUUGCUAGAACCAAGUGAAGUUGAUCCCCAAAUACUUUCUGCUGAACAAUAUGCAUCAAGAAAAGGCAUGAUAGGACCGUUUGGUUUGCAAGUUUUAGCAUCAAAAGACAUAACAGAAAAGACUACAAUAUCUUUCCGAAUAUAUAGAGUCGUCGAUAAAUAUAUAUGCUUGAUGAUAAGUGACCCAAGCAGGUCUUCAUUGAGGCAGGGUCUUACUAAGCCAAUAUAUGCAACUGUCUUUGACAUAGAUCCCAAUAUCAAAACAAUUUCACUUAGAACCUUGAUUGAUCGGUCUAUUAUUGAGAGUUUUGGAGAUGGAGGAAGAGCUUGCAUAACAAGUAGAGUUUAUCCCUUAUUGGCUAUAGAGAAAGAUGCUCAUCUUUAUGUAUUCAAUGAUGGAAAUCAGAGUGUGGUUAUCUCACAACUUAAUGCUUGGAUCAUGAAGCAAGCAGAGUUUGCAACAGAAAGCUGAAAGCAUAAUAUAGCUAAAGGAAUUUGGAAGAUCAUACAACAUUUAUUUAAUAUGAUUUGUAUGUGUUGUAUGCAUGAAAUAAUUUGUGUUGUUUUUUUAUUUUUAAAGGAAUAAUUUUCAUUCUGUUAAUUUGCAAUAAAUAAUGUUAAGAGUCCCACAUCGGUUGAGAGAUGGUCUGACUAAGUGUUUAUAAACUAGAGGCAAUCCUCACCUUACAAACCGGUUUUGUAAGGAUGAGUUAGGCCCAAUAUCCAUUUCUAAGAUGGUAUUCGAGUCUUUCCACGAUCCGUUGAGCCACCUAAACUGAGAGAUGAGUUACGCCCAAUAAAUAAAUCAACCUCCAUUGUAUAUCGAUGAUGUGUUCUUUGUCUAGUUAUUAAUCAGACUCCUUAUAUAGUCUAUGUUUUGAACCGCGGUGGGAGUCUAGUAGCCUUGAUUGUACAAGCUGGAUCAGAUAUGACAUUGCCGGUAAUGCUUCUCUUCUGUUCCGCUGAAUGAGAGAGGUUGUGUAUCUGCAGGUGUUCCGGCGCUCAAAUCAAUAUGAGGGUGAAGCAAGGUUUUCAGAGAUGGUAUAUAGUCCCCAGCGCUAAGAUUGUUGAUGGGUAUGUUUAAUGUCAUUAACAGCUGCCGAAAAAACGGCCGGAGAUUCUGAUGUUGAACGUUAGAGUUGCAUCGGGCAGUUGUACAUCGACUAAAGUUGAGUCUUCACGGGCUUCUCGCUAUUGGACCCGGUGUGAGGAGAAUGAUUCCUCGACGAUUGGACUUUAGACCUAAUCCAGAACAAACCUAAUGACUUAAAAUUUUACAUUUAAAGUAAAUAAAUGAAGUGACCAGAGUUCAAACUCUAACUCAUACUAUACAUAAUAUAUGCGAGGUCUCUAUCGAGCUAAACUCACUCCCGGGACAUUGAACUAGAUAUUUAAUGCGGGAAGUAGUUACAAGUUACUAGUACUCUACAAUAGAUUCAAAGUCAAUGAAUUGACCGCCCAUAACAUUAUCUUCUCAAAACCAUUUCCAUGGAAGCAAUGUGAGAAAGAAAAACAUGAAUUCUCUGUCACUUCUCCACAACACAAAUGCAACAAUCCCAACACACACUCUCCACUUCCACUCCUUCAUCUUCUCCAAACCCACCCCUCCCUUCAUCUCCCUCAAACCAAAACCCUCAACAACAAUCCAAUGUUGCAACAACAACAACAACAUCAUCGACAUAGACAUGGUAAAAACCAAACAAGGAACCUACGUACAAAAACAGAACAAAGUCGUUGUACUCUGGGACCUCGACAACAAACCACCACGUGGACCACCGUACAACGCCGCACUCUCUCUCAAAACCCUCGCCGAAACUUUCGGCCAUCUCACCGACAUCUCCGCUUACGCUAACCGUCACACCUUCACCCAUCUCCCUGAAUGGGUCCUCAAUCAACGCCGUGAACGCAAAAACCUCGAUUUCCUCGAACGUAAAGGUAUCAUUAAUCCCUCCGAACCUUACAUAUGUUCUGUUUGCGGUCGUAAAUGUAAAACAAACGUAGAUCUUAAGAAACACUUUAAGCAACUUCAUGAAAGAGAGAGACAGAAAAAGGUGAAUCGUUUGAAUUCUUUGAAAGGGAAGAAGAGACAGAAGUAUAAGGAAAGAUUUGUUAGUGGUGAUUCAAAGUAUAAUGACGCGGUUCGAGGGAUUUUAACGCCGAAAAUUGGUUAUGGUUUAGCGUCUGAGUUGCGGCGGGCGGGUGUUUUUGUUAAGACUGUUGAGGAUAAACCUCAGGCUGCUGAUUGGGCUUUGAAGAAACGGAUGAUGCAUUCAUUGGAUAGAGGGGUUGAUUGGUUGUUUUUGGUUUCGGAUGAUUCAGAUUUUAGUGAGAUGUUGAGGAGGGCUAAGGAGGCGAAUUUAGGGACUGUUGUUGUUGGAGAUGUUGAUAGAGCUUUAGGUAGACAUGCUGAUUUGUGGGUUUCUUGGGAUGAUGUUGAGAAUGGUGAGGUUAAGGAAAAGGAUUUGGUUCCUAAGAGUAGAGAGGGGAGGAGAAGAACAAAUGCAUCGACUACUACGACAAUGGAUGGUUUUGGUGAUGUGUUGAUUUUUCAUGACGAUGAGGAAAUGGAAAUGGGAGGAGAUUUUAUGUUGGAGUAUAGCGACGAUGAGGAUUUUGAUGUCGAUUCUGAUGAAGAAGAUGAUGAUGGGUUUUAUAUUUAUUGAUCCGUUCGUGUAAAUGAAGCUAGGCUUGACACAAAUUUGAGGUUUAAGAAUCAAUUGCUACCCAAAUUAAGGUUGAGUGAUGUUAAAAGCUAUGUAGCAUCGACACUAGUACAUUGAUCACGUUAAAUCACUUUUUGUUCUCUCAAAUGAUUAUUGUGUCGUGUCUAUGUUAGUGAUUCAUGGGAGGGAUUGGGAUAUAUAGUGUAAUGUUGUUUGUUAUUAUAUAUUUGAAGCAUAUUCGACUUUUAAGGGUUGCAGUGAUUUGCUUACUUUGAGGAAUGAAGUAAAUUUUUUCAA